AUGGCUACGACAACGGAGAUGAUGGAGAGAGACGCAAUGGCUACGGUGGCUCCAUGCGCUCCGGCCACUUUUCAUCGCCGUGCUCGUGUUGACUUGGAUGAUAGACUUCCUAAACCUUAUAUGCCAAGAGCACUGCAAGCACCAGACAGAGAGCACCCGUACGGAACACCGGGCCAUAAGCAUUACGGGCUUAGUGUUCUUCAGCAACAUGUCGCCUUCUUCGACAUAGAUGAUAAUGGCAUCAUCUACCCUUGGGAGACCUACUCUGGACUGCGAAUGCUUGGUUUUAAUAUCGUUGGGUCGCUUAUCGUAGCCGCUGUAAUCAACAUAGCCAUGAGCUAUGCUACUCUUCCGGGAUGGUUACCUUCGCCGUUUUUCCCUAUAUAUAUACACAAUAUACACAAGUCAAAGCAUGGAAGCGACUCAAGAACAUAUGACAAUGAAGGGAGGUUUAUGCCGGUGAAUCUUGAGUUGGUAUUUAGCAAAUAUGCGAAAACCUUGCCAGACAAGCUGAGUCUUGGAGAAAUAUGGGAGCUGACAGAAGGACAACGUGAUGCAUGGGACCUUUUCGGAUGGUUCGCAGCCAAAGUAGAGUGGGGAUUGUUGUACUUGCUAGCGAGGGAUGAGGAAGGGUUCUUGUCAAAGGAAGCGGUUAGGCGGUGUUUCGAUGGCAGCUUGUUCGAGUACUGCGCCAAGAUCUACGCCGGUAUCAAUGAAGACAAGACAGCCUACUACUAA